GGAAAGCAUCCGACACUCUCUUCGCAACUUCAAAUGAGAAUGCAUUUACUCAUCUAAGAAAUAUUUGAUCCCGGUUUUUUCUUAUCCAUGGCUAGGUAUAACGGGAUGCGAAUUUUGAUUUAAUAUCGGAUGAUUUUAUGCUGUUACUAUCUCAAAAAAUUCUUGAAUGGAUAGGUCGUGGCUUAUUGAUAGUCGAGGGCUCGCGAAGAAGGUGAUCAAUGCUGGUCUCCCUGCUGCUUGUCAGAUCAAAGAUUGUGGGGCGAAUAGGCGAUGCCCCAACUGCCACCAUCUAAUAGACAACAGUGAUGUUUCUCAUGAAUGGCCUGGCCUUCCUGCUGGUGUAAAAUUUGAUCCAUCUGAUGUGGAGCUAUUAAAUCAUUUAGCUGCAAAACGAGGCGUGGGGACAUCGGAGCCCCACUUGUUCAUAGAUGAGUUCAUCCCAACAUUGAAAGAUGAAGGAGGUAUUUGUUGCAAUCAUCCAGAAAAUCUUCCUGGUGCCAAAAAAGAUGGAAGCAGUGUGCACUUCUUCUAUAGGAUAACCAAUGCAUAUGCUAGUGGGAGUAGGAAGCGCCGUAGGGUUCAGGAUCAAGAGAGCCCAAUGAACACACGCGUGCGUUGGCACAAGACUGGCAAAACCAAACCAGUGAUGGAAAAUGGAAUCCAGAGAGGUUUCAAAAAAAUCAUGGUUCUUUAUGAAACGUCCAAGAGGGGAUCGAAGCCUGAUAAAUGCAAUUGGGUGAUGCAUCAGUACCAUCUUGGGAGCGAUGAAGACGAGAAAGAAGGAGAGUAUGUGGUCUCGAAAAUCUUUCAUCAGACUGACAAGGACAGGAAUGAAAAUCCUACUAUGGUAAUGGAAGAAUCUGUUGAUGUAAAGGCAGUUCCCGUAAUCCCAACGACUCCUAAGACGACUACUCCAGAUCCUCCUCGUCAGGACCAAACCCCCUACUCUGAUUGCGUCUCGGAAGAUUAUUUCCUUGAGUCACUUCUGCAGCAAACUCAGCAUCUCAAAGAUGAUGAGUUCAUCCCUUGCUUAGGUGCAAACACUGAAGCUGUCGAUUCAAGACAACCUGACUCCCUAUUCUGCCACGAAAUAAUCGGAUCUUAUGAUGUAUUUGGUGAUUCGAGACCAAACUCAACCCAAGUAAACUGUGACAUAUAUGGUGUGCACGAGAGAGACACCAAUGGUUGCAGUGGAUUUGGGGAGCUUGAAAACUUAGAGCUCGAUACUCCACCAGAUUUCAACGAUUUGCAGUUCCCCUCUCAAGACAGCGUGUUUGAUUGGUUGGAACGACUGUAGAGGACUCGAAGCAUCCCAUUUUUUAUGACUGCAAACCUCUCUCUUGCGAGCAAGAAGAUUAAACUAACCAAUAGCAAGAGUUGAUCGCGAAAACGAGGUUGAUGAGAUUUGGUUAGUAUCAAUGUGCAUUAGAUCUGAGCAGAGUUGAUUGGUGGAGGUUGAAGAGCAGUAUGGAAUGGAAUGUUAGUUAUUAAACAAGUAUGAAUGCUGUCUCGUUUUGUCGCUGAACUCCCAUUGCUAUCAGCUGUGAGAAUGUAUGUAAAACAAUGUUGCAUUAUCUGUCUAAACUAUUUCCUUGGCUUUGUAAUAUUAUUGACUGUCUGUACAAACUCUUGGUCUUAUGCUUGGCUAUCAUCUUGUGUAUGUACAUUCAUGUCGACUUUGCUGCAAAAAAAAAAGUUCGCCAAAUUAUAAU